CACCUGUUUGCGCUGGCGGUGGACGAGGACCCCGAGGUUCGCAAGAACGUCUGCAGGGCCCUGGUGAUGCUGCUGGAGGUGCGGAUCGACCGCCUGAUCCCCCACAUGUACAGCAUUAUACAGCUAUACUCGUACCUGUACCUGUACCAGCCAGGUGAGUCUGGGGGUUACCUGUACCUAUACCCAUACCUGUACCUGUACCAGCCAGGUGAGUCUGGGGGUUACCUGUACCUAUACCGUACCUGUACCUGUACCAGCCAGGUGAGUCUGGGGGUUACCUGUACCUAUACCAGUACCUGUACCUGUACCAGCCAGGUGAGUCUGGGGGUUACCUGUACCUGUACCAGCCAGGUGAGUCUGGGGGUUACCUGUACCUAUACCUGUACCUGUACCUGUACCAUCCAGGUGAGUCUGGGGGUUACCUGGGUACAGGUGAGGGACUGGGGGUUGUCACCUGUACCUGUACAGCAUUAUCCAGGUGAGUCUGGGGUCACCUGUACCUGUGCCUGUACCAGCCAGGUGAGUCUGGGGGGUUACCUGUACUCAGCUGAGGGGUCUGGGGCACAGUUUGGGGUCACCUGUGCCCAGGUGAGGUGUCUGGGGCACGGUCCAGGGGUCACCUGUGCCCAGGUGAGGGGUUUGAGGUGUACUUUAGGUGUCACCUGUGCCCAGGUGAGGUGUCUGGGGUGUGGUCCAGGUGUCACCUGUGCCCAGGAGAGGUGUCUGGGGUGUCACCUGUGCCCAGGUGAGCAGUUUGGGGUGUACUUUAGGUGUCACCUGUGCCCAGGUGAGGUGUCCGGGGUGUAUUUCGGGUGUCACCUGUGCCCAGGUGAGGUGUCCGGGGUGUGUUUCGGGUGUCACCUGUGCCCAGGUGAGGUGUCCGGGGUGUAUUUCAGAUGUCACCUGUGCCCAGGUGAGGUGUCCGGGGUGUAUUUCGGGUGUCACCUGUGCCCAGGUGAGGUGUCCGGGCUGUAUUUCGGGUGUCACCUGUGCCCAGGUGAGGUGUCUGGGGUGUAUUUCGCUUGUCACCUGUGCCCAGGCGAGGUGUCUGGGGUGUGUUUCGCGUGUCACCUGUGCCCAGGUGAGCUCACCUGUCCCCUCCCGGCAGUACAUGCUGCAGAGGACGCAGGACAGCGACGAGAACGUGGCGCUCGAGGCCUGCGAGUUCUGGCUGACGCUGGCGGAACAGCCGAUCUGCAAGGACGUGCUGACGGCACACCUGGUGCAGUGAGUGACCCCAAACACCCCAAAUUCACCCCAAAUUCACCCGAAAAUCCAUCCCGAACCCCCUGUCCGACUGACGGCACACCUGGUGCAGUGAGUGACCCCGACCACCCCAAAUUCACCCCAAAUUCACCCUCUAAAUCCAUCCCGAACCCCCUGUCCGACUGA